AUGGUUGCAAUUCAAAAUGCAGUAGAGUACAUUGAAGAACGACUUAACGAGAAAACAGCACAACCCAGUCCUAUUGUACUGUUUACAGACUCUCUGUCGAGCCUACAAGCCAUUGAAAGCCCUGCAGAUACGCUCCCGGAACCACUGGCAAAAACACUGGCGUGCGUGGGACGCCUCCAAGAAAAACACAAAAUUCGGACGACAUUCCAAUACGUACCUGGACACGUGGAUGUGGAGGGUAGUGUGAAAGCUGACUUAUUAGCCAAGCUCGGCACAAAACUGGACCCUGUGGACGAGCCACAGACUUUUGAGCAGGCGCGUACGAUAGUGGACGAAUGGGCAAGAAAUAAAUGGAGCAAAAGCUGGGAAAACGGUAAUACGGGAAGGGAAGUCUGGCAAAACUUAAAAGGACCCUCAAAAUCGGACGAAUGGUGGCAGCUAAAUAGGGAAGAACAGGUAACAAUCGCUAGGUACCGAACGGGACACUGUCCAAUCGGUGCCUAUUUUGCUAAAUUUAAGCCAAACUUCGACUCACGCUGCAGGCAUUGUCAGGACGACGUCGAAACAGUUAACCACAUCCUUUACGAGUGCGCAAAACUACACCCUAAACAAGGCCAUUUGAGUGAAACAAAAGCUGGUUUGCAUGAGGAGCUGGCUCUGUACGGAGACAGAGAAGCUUUGAGAAGGACUGCCGCUUUCCUUAUCCGUGUUAUCAGAGAAUAG